AUGUUUUCCAACCAAUCCGUAAUCCCAAAGGAGCAGGUUCUGAUACACUCCAAUAAAAGGGAUGUCCUAAAACUGAUACAUGCCAAGAUUGGCAACAUGAUUGUUGAGCUCAAGAAGUGUUUAUCCUCUUCUCCUCUUUUGCAUGCCCUCCAAUUGGAACAGGUUCGUCAGGAAGCCGAGCGUCGAGUCGCCAAAAAUGAGGAGGAGUUCGAAGCGAUCCGUAAACACAGCCAGCGCAGACUCGAGUCUAUGCAAGUCAACCUGGAGGCCGAGGAGAAAGGCAAGGCAGAAGCUGUUCGAAUGAAGAAGAAACUUGAGCAAGAUAUCACCGGACUUGAGGUGGCCUGCGACAUCGCCAAUCGGGCUCGUGUUGAGCUGGAGAGGGGUGUAAAGAAAUACCAACAGCAGAUUCGUGAAUUGCAAACACAGCUGGAUGAUGAGCAUCGUAAUCGUGACGAUCAUCGUGAGACCAUUGCCACUGCCGAGCGUCGAAUCAACCUUCUUGAGGCCGAGGUUGAGGAAUUGCACUCCAGCCUCGAACAGUCGGAACACACUCGAAAGCUGGCCGAAGUAGAGCGCACCGAGGCCGUCGACAAGGCCAGUGAUUUGACGGCUCAGGCUGCUUCACUGUCCGGACAGAAGAGGAAACUUGAGGCCGACAUUGUUGCCAUGCAGGCUGAUCUCGAGGAGGCGUGCAUUGAGGCCCGACAAGCCGAGGAGUGCAGCAAACGAGCGAUGGCGGAUGCAGCACGAUUCAUGGAUCAAGUCCGUCAGGAGCAGGAACAUGCGAGGCAACAGGAGAAAGCGAGAAAGCAAAUGGAGCUCCAGAAUCGUGACCUGAUGGCCAACCUCGAAGAGGUCAAGUCGGGCGUCUCGAAGGACGGUAGGAAGAUGCUUCUGAAUCUGGAACAACGAGUGCGUGAUCUUGAGGCCGAACUGGCGACGGAGCAGCGCAAGCAGGCAGACACGCUGAAGGGUAUGCGCAAAAUGGAGCGCCGGCUCAAAGAGGUCUACAUGCAGGUCAGCAUUUUUACGUCUCAUUCUAUACAUCCGACCUGUUGGUCUGUCUGA